AUGAUCUCGGCGAAAUUGAAACCAGAAAUCACAUGUCCAUUAUGUAAUCAAAUCUUUCAAACUCCACUUUUACUUCCAUGUGGUCAUUCUAUUUGUUCUGGAUGUAUAGGGAAAUUUUGUAAAACUGUGACUAAAUCAUCAAACGUCACUGCUACUACUAAUAAUAAUAAUAAUCAAACACAUUAUCCAAUUACUCAAACUAAUUCAUCCACUGGAAUUGAAGAUGCUGUUAGUGAAGCUGAUUCUGGUGUAGUUGUUUGUAGUUUAGAAUCUAAUCAUGAUUGUCAAUCAGCAUUAUAUUCACACCAAACUAUUAAUCGUACACAAUCUAUUCAAGAAUUAUGUCGAAUAUGCAGUACUACUCAUAGUAAUAGUAAUUUAUUGAAAAAUACUAGUUUAAAUUUAGAAAAUAGAAAUAAUGAAACAUUAUCAAAUGAUAUAUUACCUCAUAAUAUUGCUUUGGAAAAUUUAAUCACACGAAUAACUAAAACUGAAUUCAAUCAUCAUCAUCAGCAGCAGGAUAAAGAAACAACAAUUAAUUCGGAAAUUAUUAAAAAAGAUAAUAACAGUUUAUCUGCUAUAAGAUGUCAAUUAUGUGAAACCUCAAAUGAAAUUUUAACAUUAUCAUUUUGUGAACAAUGUAAUCUUUGGUAUUGUAAAACAUGCUUGAAAUUAUGGCAUCCACCUAUUGAAAUAUUGAUCAAACAUCGAAUUACUUCAUUUAAUAAUCAUAAUCGUUUGUCAUAUUCAUCAAAACAGAUUCCGAAUGAAUUGACUGGACCAAUAUGUACACAUCAUACAGGAUAUAUUUGUAAUUUAUAUUGUAUAACAUGUUCAAUGUUUGUUUGUCUACGGUGUUUAAAUUCAAAUGAACGAAGUUAUAAUAGUGAUCAGAAUUAUCAGAAUAUAAAUAAUACUAAUAAUAGUAGUAGGGAUGUGAAUACGCCUAGCUCGUAUACAUCAAGCAGUGCAUUUCCACAUCAAUGCUUAUCACAUAUUGGUCAUACAGUGUGCUCAACUACUAUUUAUGCCAAAAAAAUGAAAGUAAGCAAUUUUUAUCUUGUUAGAAGUUCACUGUUUAUGCAUUAUUCAGUAUGCUGGGAACAUAAAAAAUGUUAUAAGUAA